CGCCGUCAGCUGUAUUCUGAGUGUCGCAUUGGGUUACUAUGCAUAUGCAACUCACGAAAAAUUCAAUCGCACCAUCAUUUACCUAAAAUCCAUUGAGCCGAUCCUUGCGUCAGCAAAAGUUGCAGCGGAGAGAGUGGAUAAAUGGAUAGAAAAUGUAGCGGAGGCUUCCGUUGCAAGUAAUACCGAUAGAAAUGAAACAUCUAAUAGUGAAUAUUCUAAGGAAACCAAUUCUGGCCAGGCAAGGAUAUUCUUAGAUGACCAUCACCUGAAAGAAAGAAAGAUGAUUCUCAAGAGGAUAUUUGACGCGAUUGCUAUCAUUAAUGCAGAUUUGAGAAGAAGUUUUAUACUGUUGGACAAUUAA